CCUCGAGAGCAACGAACGCGACAACAACAUGGGCGUCCAGCGUCUGCUGAGGCUGAGGAUGGCAUCGCACCCGUGCCCCCGCCCCGCCGCCGUGGCGCCGCGCGCCGCGCGCCCGCUGUCCUUCCUCCUCCUCGCCCCCUCGCACCUCUCGUGCGCGGCGCGGCCCUGCAGGGGCCUCGCGGCGGCGUCCCCGUCGCGCGGCGCGGCGGGACGGAGGUUGCCCUGCGUGUCGGCGCUGUCGUCGUCGACCCCGCCGCCAGGGCCCGUGCACAAGUCGGAGGAGGAGUGGCAGGCCAUCCUCAUGCCGGAGCAGUUCAGCAUCCUCCGCCUCAAGGGCACCGAGCGGAGGAAGCACAGUUUAGUGCGCGCAAGAACUGAUGGUUCGGGGUCCGGUGCUGCGGCAGCCGAGGCAUCCACCGUGGGAGACAAUUUGGAAGGGGAGGAAAGCGGCAGCGGGGAGGUAGUUGCUUCGGCUGGUUCAUCGGAAGGGAAGCAGCCGCCUCCUGUCAAUCCCAAGAUCGAAAAGGAGCUCAAGAAGGCAGUUCAGAAGACUGCGGCAACCUUUGCACCGAGGGCAUCCACGAAAACAAAGAACCCUGCUGUCCCUGGAAGCGCCCUGUACACUGUUUUUGAAGUCCAGGGAUACGUCACCAUGUUGUUGGGUGGAGUCCUUUCCUUCAAUCUCGUGUUCCCAUCAAAUGAGCCUGACAUCUGGAGGUUGAUGGGAAUGUGGUCCAUUUGGAUGUUCACUAUACCUUCACUUCGGGCCCGUGACUGCUCAAACAAGGAGAAAGAGGCUCUCAACUACUUAUUUCUCCUUAUUCCCCUGAUCAAUGUUAUAAUUCCAUUCUUUGUGAAAUCCUUCGCUGUUGUCUGGUCAGCUGAUACAGUUGCUUUCUUUUUGAUGUAUGCAUGGAAGCUUGGAUGGCUGCAAAGUUCGGAGUAAAAGAUUUCCAUUGUGCUUUCUUGGUGGUGUAUGCAUGGAAGCUUGAAUGACUGGCUGCAAAGGGCGGAGUGAAGAGCUUUUGUGCUUGAAGAAACAUUUGUCCUCAAUUUUUUGGUCUUUUGAGGGGAACUGUUUGAUUAGUUUGUUUCAAUAUCUAGUGCAUAUAGCCUUUUAUAUCUUGUGUGUAUGCAGGGGCCAGGGGGGCAUGGAAAAACAUGCUUUGACCAAGUGAUAAAUAGAUGUACCUGUAGUCUAAAAUUUUGUUUGACUAAACUAGGCAGUCUAGAAGGGUUUCAAUUUCCCAACAGAUGUUCUCCUAGAUAAUACUGAGCUUGCUCUGGAGUAAAAGGAAGUACCAAAUGGAGUCAAAUGAAGCAGCAAGCGUAACUUCAAAACAUUUGUAUACUUCAAGUCAGAUCUGAGACUUUUGGACCCAUAUUACUACGAAAGAAUAUCAUGUUGCCCAUGGCUUGUGUUCUAACGUAAGUGCAUGCUUCCAGCUUCCGAAGUUCAGAUACUUCUGUUCUAAUGUGGCGCUCAGUGACAACUGCCCUGGCCCCUUGUUCUACAAUAGGAGCUGUACGGAUCAUACUGUAAUUAUGUACAUGGCAUAUUAGAAACUGGGUGGCUGAAUUCCACCUUAAUUUGCUGGCAUCUAGACCAGACAACAAGAGUACAAGAGAAGAACUGUGUGCUCUCA